CGCAGCCCUUCCGGAGGAGGAGACGACGGCCUCACCCAGCGCCCGACACCGAGGACACCCGCACCAUGAUCCAGAGGCAGCUCAACCGGAUGCGGCAGCAACUGGCCCCCCACGGCCCCAACAGAUCACAAGAUGUCACCGAUCUCCUGACUGAGGAUCUACUGCCUGCGGAUCAGCAGGUGGACAUUAUGAAGCGAACAGCUCAUCUUGUUGGAAAGCGUCUGGCAAAUUGUAUGCAAAGUCCAGCAAGCUCAGACAUGGAGAAGAAACUGAAGAAACUCGCCCUGAUGUCUCUGUCUUUAGCUAUGGCCGACUGUAUGAAGGAAAUAGACAGCGAGUCAAGUCUUAGGAGGACGCUGGAGAUGGGCUGCUGUGUGGAGGGUUCUCUGGCCCAGGCUCUGGCCGAGUAUGAAAUGAACAUGGAAAGAGAUGUGCUGCAGCCACUGAGCAAGUUAAGUGAGGAAGAACUACCCACAAUUGUAAAACACAGGAAACAGCUACAAAAACUCCUGACGGACUGGAACAAUGCAAGAACGAGGUUGCUUCAACUCCAGAAGAAUAUGUCCAACAACCCUGGAGGCAGUAGCGUAGUUACUGCUCCCAAGCUGGAGAGUCUGAAAGAGGAAGAAGAGGAGCUGAAGAGGAGACUGGACCAGAGCAAGGAUGAUUAUUUAUCUGAUCUAUAUCAGUUCGUCUCCAAGGAGUCGGAGUAUGAAAGCUACUUUGUUCGGGUGAGUGUCCUGACAAUCCAGGAGGCCUGCUCCUAUUAUAACAUUACUCAACUUUACAGCAUUUUCCAGGACACCCCCCCCCCCUCCCCCUCCUUCUCCUUCCUGUCAACUAGGACAAUCCCCCAAAUCACAUGCUGUCAUUUAUAA